UACAUUUUAGAAACCCGAAGUCUACGCUGUUCGGGCUCGAUCUGAUCUCUCCAAUCUGGGUUUGUCCGAAGCGAGUCUUGCCAUUGUUUUGCCUGUUCUACAUACGACAUCAUCGACACAAUUUUGGGCUCGGGCACCCGCUCCGGUGGUUUGACUUUGUUGACGGAACUAUAUCCAAAGCACCCGAAGAGAUUCGACUGGCCCAGUUUCGGCUUCUUUCGGCGAGAUUCAAUGUAAUCCUUCAGCAACCCUUUCUCUGCCGGCCAAUUGAAAUCCAUGCUGCGUCAGAACCUACCAUCAACCUCCCGUCACCUGCGGGCGAGCACAGAUCUAGACUAUCCGUACUCCAUCGGUGUUACUGCCUAAAUUGCAGGGUCGAAAGACAGGGCAAUCAGCACCACCGACAUGCUGCCAUAUAAUAUGCUGCCACGAAUAUCGAGAGUUCAGGGAGAAUUGCGCCUGUUCGUACAAAAAGUUGCACCUCUUGGUCCAUGCGCCUCUUGAAUGUCAAAGAAUAUUAUGUUGCAAUGCGUACUCGAGCAGUACGGAUUGGAGAUCCGGAGAGCGUUUAGCUUGGCGUACAACUAAUGUCCUCACGUUCAACCUGAAGGUCAUCGAACACAUCGGCAGCACGUGAGGAGAGGCUGGAAGACUGACACAAUAUAGAGUCGGCCUUGAAGAAUUUAAAAAGGAAAGCGCGAAGAUAACUAGUCUGAUCCAAGGAGGAAUCGAAAUGUUCUUCUUCAUCGAGGAACAUACGAUCCCGAGGGAGUUUUUCAUACUCGAUGUUUAUUUACCGACUUAGAAUACCUGAAUCAGAUAUUGCAUGUUGAACUUUCACGUGAACACGCUAGCGAUUUUCUGUACAUGUGAGAAUUUGAGUUCGAGAGUUUCAGUUUGACAUGUGAAUUUUAUUCUUGAGAUCUCAUGACUUGAUUGCUACUGUCGUGCCUGAUUGAUAACAGCUGAUACAUCCUCACGCGUAUCAUCCGAAUCGAGGCAUCCGAAUCUCCAUAGCCAGUCUCCGAAGCGUUCAUAUUUUGUUCAGAACCUGAAUACUAACUAACUAGAGGCUAUAGAAACUCGGACACGAUGACGAAAACGAAACCUUUAUCAGAAAUCAGGGAGGAAACCGAAUCCUUAGUGCCACGAUCAGGGCCUGCCUCAGGGCAAGCGCAAGGGGAAAUAGCCUUGGCAGAGAAAACCAAAGGGAAAGGCAAAGUGAAAAUAGACCAACAGCAGCUGGAUGCAGCGAUGUACAAGGUUCACAGCAAGUACGCACCGGCGGAUGAACAAGAAGCUGCACGCGCACCGAUUGAUCCACACGCAUGGCAGAUCGAUGCCACGAAGAUUGAGCUCCUCCAGCUGCUGGGGAAGGGCUCAUUCGGCACGGUUCAUCGGGGGACAUACGAAGGCAAAGAGGUCGCGGUAAAAAUCAUGAACUGGGACGCCGGCGCUAUGUCUGCGGGAGAAGCGUCAUACUACCGACAAAAAUUUCUGCGAGAAGUGGAAAUCAUGGCCGGUAUCAAGCAUCCAAAUAUCACGAGUUUUGUAGGCGCCUGGGCCGGUGGAAAAGAAUUCGAGAUUCCGGCGCAGAAUGUGGGUUGGAAGGGCACCUUCACCUUCAAAUCCGCUACGUGUUGCGUCUUAAUGGAAUUCGUCUCAGGAGGAUCCGUGAGAAAUUUCUGGAUCAAUAGCAGAAGGGCAGGACGUCGAAGACUGCCCUAUAACACAGUCAUCCAGCUUGCACUGGACACUGCUCGGGGGUUGGCAUAUUUGCAUUCCAAGAAAAUCUGCCACAGAGACUUGAAACCGGACAAUCUUCUGCUGGACGCAGAAAUGCGAGUGAAAAUCGCAGACUUUGGAGAGUCUAGACUUGAGGCACCCUCCCUGGUGGAUAUGAGUCUGGUGACAGGCACUUACGGGUACAUGGCACCGGAGGUGGUCGAUGGCAGCAAGAAGUUAGGAUAUGAUCACAAGUGUGAUGUCUUUAGUUUCGGCAUUUGCGUUUGGGAAAUGUACUGUUGUGAUGUGCCGUAUUCUGACAUGGCGGGGCUGCGUGCUCGAGACAUGGCCAUCCAAGUCGCCAUGGAAGGUAGAAGGCCUCCCAUACCCAGGUGCACCCCUGCUAUUCUCCAGAAUUUGAUGACCAGAUGUUGGGAUGCUGAUCCUCACCAGAGACCAGAGAUGAAAGAGGUCGUCCGGAUGCUUGAAGCCGCUCCUAUGGCAGGUUGUAUCGAGACGACGCAGAUCUGCCUUUGCGAUCCAAUCUGCCUCUUCUGCUCUGGCUCAUGUUAAUGACAACACCACCGAUUGCUGAGGCUGUAAUACAUUAGUCAACAGUCUGUAGAAUGAUCACAUUCAGCCUUGGACAGUAUUCCCGCAUUCACCGAGAUUUUCAUUUCGUCAACUGGCGACCAGUUGAAGAGAAGCGAGCAACUCUUCUCUAAAUUUUCAUCAUUCUCGUUCUGAUUUUUCCAUAAGUUUGAUCUUGAUCAAAUCAAAUUGGUAGUUCUGGGCUGUUUGAAGUGCAAAACCUCGGAGUUUAAAGGCUGUGGAAUAUAGUUCCAGCAUGGAAUUUAAUCUCUAUAUAAUAACUCCAGAAUAAAUAUUCAUCUUCAAAAUUUUACGCUGGAUCAUAUGCUUGA